AUGGAAUAUGAUGAAGAGGCUAUUACUUGGAAAAGUUUCAAGGACAAGUUUUUGGAAAAGUACUUCCCGACUAGCGCCAAGAUCGAAAGGGAGCAAGAGUUCUUGGCCUUGCGUCAAAGUGGGAUGUCGGUGCAAGAGUACAUCGACAAGUUUGAGUAUCUUAUCCGAUUUUAUAGUCAGCACAUGACAGAAGGGUGGAAGUGUCAAAGAUUUGAGCAGGGUCUGAGGUAUGACCUGAGGAGGAUGAUUGUACCUCUUGAUAUCAAGAAGUUUUUAGCCUUAGUCGAGAAGAUGAAAAAGGUAGAGUUACUGGAAAUGAACCGGAAUCGAGUUGAAAGGACUCGGAAGAACAAGUUUAAUGGAGGGAAGUCGGGGAAGAAGCCCUAUCAGCGACCUCAACCGCUUAUGCUAGCAGCUGUGAAAUGUUUUGAAUGCGGUGGUGCGCAUUACAAGAGGGAUUGCCUUAAGCUCUCUCGAGUGAAGGUUGAAGAGAAGAGGUGCUUUGUGUGUAAUAAGCUAGGACAUUUCACUCAUGUUUGUCCUGAUAAGAAGAUAACACAUGCACAACAACAACCAAGUUCUUCAGGCGCGAAGCCCAAGAUAGUUGAAAGGGUUUUCGCUUUGACCGGUGAAGAGGCUACAAAGCCAGGUAAUCUAAUCCUUGACACAUGCCUUUUGUUUGGUAUAUGUGUGCAUGUAUUGUUUGAUUUCAGAGCUACACACUGCUUUGUUUCUUCUACUUGUUUGAAAGACUUCAUUCUGCCGGUGAGUAAUCUCAGGUAUGAAUUGGUGGUUUCUACACCAACAUCGGGUCAGAUCUCAACCAGUUCAGUUUGUGUUAGAUGCUCGAUUGUAGUCACUGAACGCAAGUUCAAAGUGAACUUGAUCUUCUUACCUCUCCAAGGCUUAGAUGUCAUUCUAAGAAUGGAUUGGUUGAUCGCCAAUCACGUUCUUCUUGACUGUGGACGACAACAGGUUUUUCCAGACUUAGGUGGUUUAGAUUUGAUCUCAACCCAAGAAGUUCUAAAGGAUGUUAGUGAUGGGGCCAUGUGUUUUGAGGUUCAGACGACAGGUAUCCUGGUAGUGGAAGAGUUCGUGGAUUUCUUUCCAUAUGAAGUACCAGGGUUGCCACCAAGCAAAGAAGUGAAGUUCUCUAUAGACUUGGUACCAGGAGCUAGACCAGUGUCUAUGGCCCCAUCCAUCGAAGGUGGAGGCAGUGCUGAAGUGGGAACGUCCAAAGAUGGUGUUAGAAGUAAGAAGUUUUGUGGGCCUAGCUGGGUACUACAGGAGGUUCGUCGAAGGUUUCUCCAAGAUAGUGGGUCCUUUGACGCGGUUGACUUGUAA